AUGUCGUAUAGUGCGCUAUAUUUCACGUUUGCGCUUCAGUUGCAAUAUCAUAUACAUUUAUCGCUAAAUCCCCACAAACAUGGUAUAAUUAACCCGAUUCAAACGUCUUUCCACUUAAAAUCCCAUUACUUGAAUGGAAUGGAUGAUGUACCUUAUUGUUAUUGUGCCUAUGAAAUACCUUUUCGUGGAGUGUCUUCAGAAAAUCCAACUGGUCAUUUAUUAACUGCUAUUCGAAAUUCCGGGGAGAAGUUGUUGUUUGGCAAACCAUUGGAUGCAAUUUAUCGAUAUGGCUCAUUUGAAGUGCUACACAAUAAAUUAGCCUUAUAUGGUGUUUUAGGCUUAUCAAGUUGGGAAGUUUUAUUUGUCCCGUGUAUUAAUCCUAAGCAAGUAAACGAUGAAGAUGUGAAUUCUGUUCGUCAAUUGUUAACACAAACUCUUAGUCGUACAGAACCAUACUUCUAUCGUCAAUGGGCAUUUCGUCGGCCAGGAUCUAUCGGUUUAGGUAAAAUUGACUGUUUAAUCAUACAGGAUCGACGUGAUCGUGUCUAUAAAUUUGAUCCAAUUCUAAAUUCAUGGAUACGUACAAUUGAUGGAUUGAAAAAUUUAAAUUUUACAAAACAUUGGUUAUUUGAAAGUAAAAGACUUCCUCACCUGCCAACACGUCUACUAAUACUGACUACUGAUUUUGAAGUUUACACCUUUCAAAUAUGCUAUACAAAAAAGCUGUCUACAAUACCGUCGGCAUCAUCAGCAUCAUUAUUAACGACGACAACAACAACGACGGCGUCAGCGACACCAAUUGAAUUUAACAAAUUACGUAAGAAUAUGAAAGAAAGGGUAAAAUUAUUUAUUAAUUUAUUCACAUCAAGAAUCUCACAUAUUCGUCGAUCAUCCGGAUUUGUAUUAGCUGAUGAAUAUGCUGCCAACUGUGAUCUGAAUACAACACCAAUUGAUCAUAAUUAUUCGCAUGAUCAACCGGUGACUACCUGUGAAAUGAUACAAGGAUCUGUAAAUAUUUUUCAAAAUUGGAAUUGUUUAAAUGAAACAUUAGAUAGUGAUAAUAAUAAUACCUUACCAAUCAAUUGUACUCCAGUAAAUCCAUUGUCUAGAUUAAAGGCCAAAUGGUAUGAUUGUUUAAAAGGCGAUUAUGAAUUAAUUGAAAAUACUGAUUUUGCUUAUUGUCGAACACUACCCUUGCAGAUCCCAACACUUGCAUUUAAAUCCUCUGUAAUUAUAUUUCGUGAUUAUUUUGUUGGACAUCGUUUUCCAGUUUUAUCAUUUUAUUAUUUCCCGAAAGAAAAUAAUAAUAAUUCACCGCAUAAUAACAAUAAUAAUAAUGCUGAUUCAUCUUUACCACACUUAUUAUCCACAUCCCCAUCACUGGCUGUUUCAUCUACACAACAAUUUGGUGUAUGGAUAUUAAGAGCUGGACGAUUAGUGAAUGAUAUUGAUCUUAAACAAUUGAUCCACUGUAAUUAUCCAUCAGUCAAUUCAUCAUCAAAAGAUUAUCAACAAAGAUUAUUUUUAAAACAUAUAAAAUUAUCUUAUGCUAAUAAUUUCAGUGAAUUAAAACAAACAAUUAAGUGUUCAAAAUUCAAUGGACAAAAUUCUCAACAACAGCAACAAGCCUUCUAUGAAUUAUACACACCUUUAUUCCCGGACAGCGAUGAUUCGUCAUUGUCAUCGUGUGAUCCCAGUGAGGAAGACGAUGACGCUUUAUCGAUGUCAACAUUCAACCAUCACCACCACCACGUCGACCAUUCUGUUGCUUCACCUGUUCAACACAGUACUGGUCAUGUUACCCCGCUGUCAUCAACACCAUCAUUACUACUAUAUGAAAAUGCUAGACAACAACAGGCCGACUGGUGUACACCGAAACGUAAUCAUAUUCAACAAUCUUGGAUUCAAUUGAAAAAUCUCAUUCAAUUAUCACAAAUUCAUGCACCGGAUGUUGAAAUUUCAACUGAUGUUACAAACAGCACUAGUAAUCAUCAUAAUAAUAGUCAUAGUAGUGCUGAGAACAGUCCAUCAGGAAUACUUGACUAUUCUUUAUUCAAUAGUGAGAAUAGCAAUCAUGACAACGAAGAUAAUAAUAACAAUAAUGGUACUGAUACUGUCUAUAUGAUGAAUUGGGAUACACUGUCAACUGAUUCAUUAGGCAGUGAACAAGAGAAGAAGAAGAAGAAGACAAUGAAGGCGAAGCAUAAAGAUUAUGGCAUUGUACUGAGACGUAAACUGAGAUCAUCUGAUGAAGAGAAACGUUAUUCUACACGAUCCGAUAUGCCUAGAUUUGAGUUUGGCAACUUACAGCAUUUUAGCAGUCCUACUACUACUAAUAGCAGUGGAAAUAAUAAUAAUAAUAAUACUGGUAGCAUGAGUAUUGGUAGUAAUAUUUCUAAAUCACUGGGUAGAAAUUAUUCACGAUUAAAUCUAUUGAAUAAAAAGAAAUUGGAUAGUAUGGCAUUUCAGUGUAGUCCACAUCGUUCCGAUUGGUCAGAGAACCUGUUAUCAACAAAUUGGUUGGAUUUAUUAUCGUUUAUAUUGAAACAGGCAAAUGAAUUAGUCAGUGUUAUUCAUCAGUAUUCGCUACAACCAGUGAAUGGAUACAAUGGGACAAUAAUUGUGUUAAGUGGACCUGACAGUGGACGUAAUUGGCAACCGAUUUUAACGAGCCUUGCACAGAUAAUGUUAUCCUCAGAGAAUCGAACAAUUCAUGGUUUUGAAGAUUUAAUUGAACGUGAAUGGAUUCGUUAUGGUUAUCCAUUCGCUCCUGAUCCAACUGAUUGGCAUGAUAAUUCAGUUAGCUCGGAUUAUGAUGAUGGUGUAUGCUUUGCUUUAUUUCUUGAUUGUGUUCAUCAACUGCUUAUUCAAUUCCCGACAGAAUUUGCAUUUACUCAAGAUUACUUGGUUUUAUUAUUGGAUAGUGGAUUAAGUCGAGGCGGUGGAAUUCCUCCCUUCACUAUAGAAUUCUCCUGUUCAUGUGAAGCAGCUAGACAUGUUCAAACAAAAGCUUUAACACAAGGACAAAUUAUUGAAAAGUCAAAUUUCCUUUAUAAUAAAUGUGCCUGGCGUUCUUUUCGUCAUUGGAAUGAUAUUUUAACUAUAGAUGGGUGUCAACUUUUGCCUAACUGGUUAUACUGGUGGCGAUAUAGUUGUAACCCUCUGAAGGUUCAGCCUAAUUCAUCAGACUACAUGGAACUAAUAAAAAGUGUUGAGAAGUCGACAGGAAUACUUACUCCAGCUCUCUUACCACUACACUUUCCUCGAUUCUGGAUUCAUGCAUGGUAUCGAUGGAAUCGUUCUACGCGCAUAACCAAUGGUGGUGGUUAUGCAUUUGAUGCAUCUUAUUACAGAAAUCUCCUAAAUCCAAAUCAUGCAUGUACUACUACUACUACUACUUAUCAAAAGUCAAUUACACCACGCACAAGUACUAGUCCUUAUACUGGUUGGUUGACUGAUGAAUCUGUUAUAGACGCCUUGUAUUGUAAUCAAACUGAUCAUCAUCAUCUUACAAUAUCAUCUGAUCCUGUUUAUAAAAGUCUAUAUGAAAUAGCUAUUCAAUGGGAUAAUGAAUUAUGUGAAACACCUUGAUUAAUCUA